AUGGCGAACCCUCCUCACGCAGGCGGUGUGCUGAAAGACCUCAUUGCUCGCGAUGCGCCGAGGCGACGGGAGCUGGCUGAGGAAGCUGAGAAGCUGCCGGCAAUCGUGCUCACGGAGAGGCAGCUUUGCGACUUGGAGCUGAUUCUCAAUGGCGGGUUCUCGCCGCUGGAAGGCUUCAUGAGCGAGAAAGACUACAAUGGCGUUGUUGAGAACAACCGACUCGCGGAUGGCAACCUCUUCAGCAUGCCGAUAUGCCUCGACCUUUCGAAAGAGACCAUCGACGAAUCAGGCGUAAAGCCCGGCGCCCGCCUCACCCUCCGCGACCUUCGUGAUGACCGCAAUCUCGCUAUCCUCACAGUCGAAGAUGUAUACCAACCAGACAAGCAGAAGGAAGCUAAGGAAGUCUUUGGCGGCGACGAGGAACACCCGGCCGUCAGGUAUCUCUUCAACACCGCGAAUGAUUAUUAUGUCGGCGGCAAGCUCGAGGCCAUCGACAGGCUGAUGCACUACGACUACGUCGGCCUGCGCUACUCGCCCGCCGAGUUGCGCCUCCACUUCGACAAGCUGGGCUGGUCCCGCGUCGUCGCUUUCCAGACGCGCAACCCCAUGCACCGCGCCCAUCGCGAGCUUACCGUGCGUGCCGCCCGCGCCCGCCAGGCCAAUGUCCUCAUCCACCCCGUUGUCGGCCUCACGAAGCCGGGAGAUAUUGACCACUUCACCCGUGUCCGCGUCUACCAGGCGCUGCUCCCGCGCUACCCGAACGGUAUGGCGGUGCUCGGUCUCCUGCCCCUUGCCAUGCGCAUGGGCGGGCCGAGGGAAGCUAUUUGGCACGCCAUCAUCCGCAAGAACCACGGCGCAACGCACUUCAUUGUGGGUCGUGACCACGCUGGGCCGGGCAAGAACAGCAAGGGCGUCGACUUCUACGGUCCGUAUGAUGCGCAGUACGCGGUCGAGAAGUACAGGGACGAGCUGGGGAUCGAGGUCGUGCCGUUCCAGCAGAUGACGUAUCUUCCGGAUACGGAUGAAUAUAAGCCGAAAGAUGAGGUGAAGAAGGGCAUCAGGACGCUUGACAUCUCUGGCACUGAACUCCGCAAACGUCUCCGCACCGGCGCCGAGAUCCCCGAAUGGUUCUCCUACCCCGAAGUCGUGCGCGUGCUCCGCGAAUCCCACCCCCCACGUUCCCGGCAAGGCUUCACCGUCUUCCUAACCGGCUACCAAAACAGCGGCAAGGACGCUAUCGCGCGCGCGCUCAACGUGACCCUGAACCAGCAAGGCGGUCGCAGCGUCUCGCUCCUCCUCGGCGAAACCGUCCGCCACGAGCUUUCCGCCGAGCUCGGCUUCAACCGCCACGACAGGGAUCGAAACAUCGCGCGCAUCGCGUUCGUGGCCUCGGAGCUCACGAAAGCGGGAGCCGCCGUCAUCGCGGCGCCGAUUGCCCCGUUCGAGGACGCGAGACAGCAGGCAAGGGAGAUUGUGGAGAAGUACGGGAGCUUUUACCUUGUCCACGUUGCGACACCGCUCGAGUACUGCGAGAAGACGGAUAAGAGGGGCAUCUAUAAGAAGGCGAGGAAUGGGGAGAUUAAGAACUUCACGGGCGUGGAUGAUCCGUAUGAGAACCCCAAGAAGGCCGAUUUGACGGUUGAUCUGAGUAAGAGUAAUGUCAGGACAAUUGUGCAUCAGAUCGUUCUGUUGUUGGAGGCGGAGGGCUUGUUGGAGCAGUUGUAG